GCUUUCCAUAAAACAUGUUGCUGCGCAGUGGAAGAGCUCCUGUGCACGUGCAUUGCUCCCCUCUGGAGCUCAAGCGACCCUUGCGAAGAUCACGGUCCACUUUUCUCACUCAUAAUUAUAACGGUAGAAAUGCUGUAGUCAGCUUUCAGUGCGCACUGAAUGGUGACAUUUGCACGCCUCAUAAAUGCGCAACAACUUUCCUGAAAAAUAAAAACGGCAAAUACGUGACACUAUCCAAAAAGAAAGGAUUGAAGCUGAUAGCGACUUACGUUCAAGAUGGAGCAACCGCUUGUAACUUGGAGAUAUGGAAAUGGGACAAGAACAUUGCAUUCUGCUUUAAGUAUGAGAGUGAAAGCUACGUGGUUACUGAAAGUGAACAGAAAAAAAAUGAACUUGAGCUGAAGCUAAUCACGGAUGAUGUCAAAAGUACUAUCCAGAACUUACAUCCUUGGUUUCAAAUGGAAAAUGUUGGAACUCACUCUUACUGUAUUCACACGGCAAGCUCUAAAAAAUACUUAACAAUAGGUACAAAAAAGCAAAAGUCACUCAUUACCCUCAGUGAAACGCAAGCUGGAAACAGCACCUUUUCAACAUCUCCCUGUCAAUGUAAUGAAGAAGGGUGUCCUGGGGUGUAAGUCUUGAUGUUGAGGUCUUAGUGACAAAUCAUUUAGUCAUAGUGGCGACUGGCCAAAGUAUUUUCUGUUGCAUCAGCUGUUAUUACGCAAUAUUAGCUUAUGCGGGUUCAAUUUAAAAAUUUGUACUAAAUGAAAGCACUUGUGCUCAUUGUAUGCUAUAUUUACAGUUCUAUGUAAUAUGUAAUAUGUAAUGUGAUUGUACUUGCAUAAAUGUGUCCAUACUAAAUAAAGCUUAAGACAAUAAUAA